AUGCUCUCACCUGAUGUUGAUCAAAGAGCUGGUGAGAAUGACGGAUGUGACGACGGGUCACCCGAGUAUUUGGCUUUGCUGUCUUGUCUGAUCUUCUACCGUAUGGGGAGCUGUCAGCAUCAACGGUUUUGGGCUAUCGCGGUAUAUCGGGCAACCAGUGUGGAGCCAGUCACAGCCAAUCGUUCCUUGGACUUCCGGAACGGUGUGAUAUAG